AUGACCCCAGAGGAGGAAGGCGCCCGGGCAGGGCCUCCCGAGCGGGUGUGUAUCUGGGUGGAGGAGCAGCCGUUCUGGGUGGAGAAGACCCUGCUGGUGGAGAGCAGCGAGUUCUUCCGUGCCCUCUUCCGCUCGGGCAUGAAGGAGAGCACGCAGGAGGAGAUGGGGCUGGGGGAGCUGAGCGCCGCCGGGUUCCUCGCCAUGCUGCGGGUGCUGGCGGGCGAGAGGCCCGUCCUUGGUGGUGAGGAGAUCUUCCAGGCGGUCGAGUGUGCUGCCUUCCUGCAGGUGAAGCCCUUGGCCAAGUACCUGAUCGACUCCAUCAACUCCGACAACUGCGUCCUGCUGUACCAAGCCGCCGCCAUCUUCGGGCUGCUGGACCUCUUCCACAGCGCCGCGCUCUACAUCAGGGACAGCUACGCCGAGCUGGAGGAGCACCUCGGCUGCCUCCCCGACGACCUCCUGGCCUACGUGGAGACCCUCCUGCCCAGCACCUUCGUGGCCGUAGGAGCCCACACGCCCACCUUCGAGUUCCUAGAGGACCUCUCCAGGACCAUCUGCUACCUGGAUGAGGAGACCAACACGUGGAGGACCCUCUCCUGCCUGCCUCUGAGCGCCAGCACGUUCCUAGCCGGCAUGGCGACCAUGGAUAAUAAGAUCUACAUUGUGGGUGGCGUCUACGGGGCCAGCAAGCAGGUGGUGGAGAGCAGCUUCUGCUACGACGCCGACGCCAACGCCUGGAGCGAGUUCCCCAGCCCUCACCAGCUGCGCUACGACGUCAGGCUGGUGGGCCACGAGGGCUACCUCUACGCCAUCGGCGGCGAGUACGAGAAGAUCUCGCUGAAGUCCGUGGAGAGGUACGACUUGGCCUCCAACACCUGGACGUUCGUCUCCGACCUGCCGCAGCCCAGCACGGCGGUCUACGAGUACGAGAGCCGGCGAGACGCGUGGCUUCCCGUCACCGAGCUGAAGCGGCCCCAGAGCUACGGGCACUGCAUGGUGGCCCACCGGGACAACCUCUACGUCAUGAGCCACGGCCCCUCAGACGACUACUGCUUCAACCUGACGUCGCGGCAGUGGACGGCCCUGCCCGGGCAGUUCCUCAACAGCAAAGGAGCCCUCUUCACCGCCGUCAUCAGAGGGGACACCGUCUACACUGUCAACAAGAUGCUGACGCUCCUCUACUCCGUGGAAGAGGAGACCUGGAGGUUCAAGAAGGAGCGGGCGGGUUUCCCACGCAGCGGCUCC